AUGAGUAAAACUACCUAAUAUAGUCGCAAUAGUAAAAACAAAAUAAAAGAAGCUAUGUAUUUCAUCGUUUUAAUAUGAUAGCCAAUAAAUAUCUUAAUGCAUCAGUACUAAGAGUUACUAAUCUGCUAAUAAAUUGUAUUGAAUUUUUGUUAUUAUAGAUUGGAAGAAAAGAAAAGAAGUGCAUCCUUAGCUAAUUAAUCAUAUUCAAAUAAUUCUAAAUCUAAUAAAAAAGAUAAUAAUAAAUGUUUUUCAGUUAACUUGGAUUUUCUUGAAACUUUAACGAUAGAAAAUCCAACUGUUUAAGAAUUAUUAAAAUAACUUAACAUAGAUGAUUAAAAUAUUGAUAUUAAACAAAUAAUUAGAGAGAAUCAAGAUUAUUUUCAUCAUCUCUAAAGUAAUUCUAUUAUCCUAUCAAAGAAAAUUGUGCUUGUUUCAGAUGUGCAUGUUGUAAUUGUAAAUGCAAUUAUGUAAACAAUGCAAAAUUGGUCUACAAAUCAGGAUAUAACACUUCCUAUAAGAAAAGUUACUAAUUUGGAUUAACAUCCUCAUCAUUUUAUACUCCAGAAUUGAAUUUAAGAUAUUAUGAAUAAAGACCAAUCCAGACUCCAUUUUUAGAAAUGCAAACCUAAUAACGCAAGGCUUUUACUGCACAUCCUAUUUAGUAAAGAUACAAACGAUAAUACAAAAAGAAUUCAGCAUCUAGAUAGUUUUUGUCUACCACAACAUAUCAAGUAUUAAGAAAGAACAAGAAUUAUAGAAAAUGUAUCCUGAUUGGAAAGAUCAUGAUCCAAAUAGGAAGAUUGAUGCUCCAUAACAUAUAAGUACUCAUUCAGGGAUCCCUAUCUUGACCGUUACCAGUUAUAAUAAAGAUUUUACUAAAAAUCGUCCAAAGACUUCCAUUCUCUCAGCCUCAGAUGUUAAAUAAAUGCAACAUCAGUAACCUUUUCAUAAUUUAAAUAGUUAAACAUAUGCUCAUAUCACUCCUAAUUAUUUUGAAACUACUUACAACUCUGAUUUUUAAAAACAUAAUUAGAAUAAUUUUAUUAAUUCAAAAACUGAACCCAAUAUUGAAGUCUAUGUACCUUUAAGAGGUUUAUCUUACGAUACAGUUAAUAAAAAGGCUUUUUAAAAUGGUCAUAUCAUUACUGAAUGUUAAGGGACUAAAAUGAAGAAAAUUUUAAAGUUAAGAAAUCAAAGUGCUUCUAUGCUCAAUGCAUAUCUCAAUGAAAUAUAUCAAAAACAAUGA